GCCCCUAUAAUGACAUCAAAACACGGCUGGCAGAGACUGCGAACAGAGAAAAACGUGCCGACGACGAUCCACACCAUCCGUCUCUUUUCACUUAAAUCUUUCCGUCAGGGAUUUUUUGAAAUCAAAUUCUUCAUUCUUCCCCAAGACUGAUUGUAAACAGACACAGUGAUGGAUGAGCUACAAGACGUUCAGCUGACUGAGAUCAAGCCUCUGCUGACCUACAAGAGAAACUUCCAAGACUUUGACUGUCAGGAGCAUGAUAUUGAGACUCCGCAUGGUAUGCUCCAUGUGACUAUGAGAGGCACUCCCAAAGGCAACUGUCCUGUGAUUCUGACCUAUCAUGACAUUGGCCUUAACCACAAAUCCUGCUUCAACACAUUGUUUAACUUUGAGGAUAUGAUGGAGAUCACUCAACAUUUCGCUGUCGUGCACGUGGACGCCCCUGGCCAGCAGGAGGCAGCACCUCCUUUUCCCACAGGGUUCCUGUACCCCACCAUGGAUGAGCUGGCCGAAAUGUUACCUUCAGUCCUGACUCAGCUCAAGAUCAACAGUGUGAUCGGCAUUGGUGUUGGAGCAGGUGCCUACAUCUUAAGCCGCUUUGCUAUGAUUCAGCCUUCCUUGGUAGAGGGGCUGGUUUUGAUUAAUGUGGACCCCUGUGCUGAAGGCUGGGUGGACUGGGCUGCUUCUAAGCUCACUGGGUGGACCAGCAAUCUAGUGGACAUUGUGAUGGCUCAUCACUUUAGCACCGAGGAGCUUACCGACAACCAAGAAUUGAUUCAGACGUACCGCCUGCACAUCUCCCAGGACAUCAACCAAGACAACCUGGCCCUCUUCUGUGGCACAUAUAAUGCGCGUCGAGACCUUGGAAUCGAGAGGCCGGUUCCUGGUGUCAAUGAGAACACAGCAUGCACGCUGGCAUGCCCUGUUCUGCUGGUGGUUGGAGACACUUCCCCUGCAGUAGAGGCCGUGGUUGAAUGUAACUCGAGGUUAAAUCCAACAAGGUCAACUCUGCUGAAGAUGGCUGACUGUGGUGGACUACCUCAGGUUGUUCAGCCUGGAAAGCUGGCCGAAGCCUUCAAAUACUUUGUGCAGGGAAUGGGAUACAUUCCACAUGUUUUGCUCAGCCAUCUGAGCACUGAAUCAGUACCAGCGGCCGGCAUGACCCGUCUGUCUCGAUCCCGAUCCUCCUCCUCCAGCAUCACAUCCGCGGACAGCUCGCGCAAACGUAACCUCAACAGCCCUCUGGAUGGACCCAACUCUGGAGUCCUGGACAACCAGGCCAGGCCACAAACCAUGGAGGUGUCCUGUUAAAUCCACUAUCGUUCCUCUCCUCCCUCUGGAGAUCAGAUUCUGUCUGCUGACCUUUCACUUCUCACCUCCUGUUAUUUGUGUCCUAGAUUCCUAAACAUCUGAAAGUAAAGCAGGGGAGGCUACUAUAAAAUGUAUGAUAUACUGAAAGUAUAAAUAAUGAGUAUAUACAGAUGUUACUAUAUGCUAGCCACAUUUCAGUCAUAAAAGCAGAUUAACUUAAAGCUAAUAUAUUUACAUAUGGCGUUCUGUUUGUUUGUUUGUUUAUUAAUUUCUAUCUUUUUUUAUUGUUGGAGUAAACACGUUGUUUUAUAACCUCCCACACAAGGGAAAUCACACAAUAACAAAUAUGUUUUAUGGUGUGAACUGCGAGCUUACCUGUGACCAAGUCGUGUUACACUGUGUGAUUUUUUUUUUUGUGUUAGUCUUCUGUUUAUCUGUUACCAUAACAUUAAGUCUGUCAUUAAUCAACUGUUUAUCUCAUGAAUGUGUAUGAGUUGUUGUGUUUAUAUUAAAAACUCUACUGGCGUAUAGACCCUCAGCUCGUAGAUACGUAACAGCUUGACAAACCUGAGAUGUCAAAGUGGAUCAACGUUGAUUUCUUUUGUUUUAAUAUUUGUUUCUAUGUAUUUUUUAUAGUUGCAAUAGUCCAUGACACUAUUAAAUAUGCAACCCAACAGUACCAUAGACGUAGUGUGAUAAAAUCACAUUUUUCUUUUGUACAUUUUCCAUGGUAUACAUUUCUCUGUUCAUUUUAAUUAUUUUAACCAUGAAUUGAUGUAGCCUACAUUGAAUGAGUAUGAAUAUGGCUCCAGGUAUGAAAUUGUGUCUGAUGAAUUAAAUGUUUAUCGAUUCUCAAUUACUAAAUAAAGCUAUAUCACGAAAAGA